AUGUCGAUCUUCGAGUACAAUGGAAGUGCCCUAGUGGCCAUGGUUGGGAAGAAUUGCUUCGCAAUCGCCAGUGAUAGGCGGCUAGGUGUUCAACUUCAGACAAUUGCAACUGAUUUUCAGAAAAUUUACAAGAUUCACGAUAAGCUCUUCAUCGGUCUCUCCGGUCUCGGUACCGAUGCUCAAACUCUGUAUCAAAGGCUUGUGUUCCGGCACAAGCUGUAUCAGCUUCGGGAGGAGAGGGAUAUGAAGCCUGAGACCUUUGCUAGCCUUGUUUCUGCUAUUCUUUACGAGAAAAGGUUUGGUCCCUACUUCUGCCAGCCAGUGAUAGCUGGGUUGGGAGCUGAAGACAAGCCCUUCAUUUGCACAAUGGAUUCCAUCGGAGCCAAGGAGCUUGCAAAAGAUUUUGUUGUUGCUGGUACUGCAUCAGAAUCCCUUUAUGGUGCCUGUGAAUCAAUGUUCAAGCCUGACAUGGAACCUGAAGAAUUGUUUGAAACCAUCUCUCAAGCGCUGUUGUCAUCAGUAGAUCGUGACUGUUUGAGUGGUUGGGGAGGACACGUCUAUGUUGUUGAUGCUUGUAAGGACAUGUUGUAUAAUUUGCUGCAGUACACCAACGGAAGUGACAGAAAGGAUGUUGAAGGGAAGGAUGGACUGACACUUUUCAAGGGUUAA